CCAGUGCUUGCUCUGUAAAUAGAUUUUUUCUGAAAAGCUUUGAGCAUUUGUGGACUAUAACAGGAGAACCAGAAACUUCAUAAUUAUUUUCAAUAGAUAUGUACAUAUAGAUUAUAGAUCUAGCGUAUGCUUUAGAGUAUAUGGUGCAGACUGUGUUUCUGAAGUCGUUGGGGGAGAAAACAGAGAAGCAGAGUAGUGCAAGCAACAUGUUGCGGGCUCGCCGGCGCCUGAGCCUCGUGGCGCUCGCCAUGCUCCUGGCCGCCACGGUGACGAGCGCCGUUGCUGGGGUGACGAGUGAGUACCGGCGGAAGCUGGAGGCCACGGUGGAUAUGCCGCUGGACGCCGACGUCUUCCGCGUGCCGCUGGGGUACAAUGCUCCUCAGCAGGUGCACAUCACGGUGGGCGACCAGACGGGCAAGGCGAUGAUCGUGUCGUGGGUGACGGAGAACGAGCUGGGCAACAGCACGGUGAUGUACGGCGGCGCGCCGGACAAACUGGAGUUCCAUGCGCAGGGCACGCACACGCGCUACGACUACUUCAACUACACCUCGGGGUUCAUCCACCACUGCACCCUCGGGAACCUCAAGCAUAGCACCAAGUACUACUACGCAAUGGGGUUCGGGCACACGGUGAGGACGUUCUGGUUCACCACCCCUCCCAGGCCGGGGCCUGAUGUGCCGUUCAAGUUCGGACUCAUAGGUGACCUUGGGCAGACGUUCGACUCGAACAGCACCCUGUCGCACUACGAGGCGAACGGCGGCGACGCCGUGCUCUUCCUGGGCGACCUCUCCUACGCCGACAACCACCCGCUGCACGACAACAACCGGUGGGACACGUGGGCCCGCUUCGUCGAGCGUAGCGUCGCCUACCAGCCCUGGAUCUGGACGGCCGGCAACCACGAGCUGGACUUCGCCCCGGAGCUCGGCGAGAACGCGCCCUUCAAGCCCUUCACCCACCGCUACCCGACCCCGUACCGCGCCGCCGGCAGCACCGAGCCGUUCUGGUACUCGGUCAAGAUCGCCUCCGCGCACGUCAUCGUGCUGGCCUCCUACUCCGCCUACGGCAAGUACACGCCGCAGUGGAUGUGGCUGCAGGAGGAGCUCCAGCGCGUGGAUCGGAAGGCCACGCCGUGGCUCGUCGUGCUCAUGCACUCGCCCUGGUACAACAGCAACAGCUACCACUACAUGGAGGGCGAGACGAUGCGCGUGCAGUUCGAGAGCUGGCUGGUCGAAGCCAAGGCAGACCUCGUCCUCGCCGGCCACGUCCACGCCUACGAGCGCAGCCACCGUGUGUCCAACAUCGAGUACGACAUCGUCAACGGCAAGUCGACACCCGCCCGGAACACGAACGCGCCGGUCUACGUCACCAUCGGCGACGGUGGGAACAUCGAGGGCAUCGCCAAUAACUUCAUGCGGCCGCAACCGAGCUACUCGGCGUUCCGGGAGGCCAGCUUCGGGCACGCCACCUUCGAGAUCAAGAACCGGACGCACGCCUACUACGCGUGGCACCGCAACCACGACGGCGCCAAGGUCGUCGCCGACGGCGUCUGGUUCACCAACAGAUACUGGAUGUCCACCGACGACUCCAACUGAUCGGACGGCGGUUCCUUUUUCUUCCCUGAGAUCAACCAGUUGGUAACGAUCUGUUUGGAAACCAUUGACUCACCAAAAUGGAACAAAUAAUCAUGUGAUGCAUGGAGAGCCUCCCGACGACCACGUACGUGGAUGCACGGCGAGAGCAUAGCUCCCUUUUUUCCCAGAGUUGAAAGUAUUUUGAUGUCAUUUGAAGCUCAAA